AUGCGGAUUGUAACCUUGCUCGCCCUCUGCGCUGCCCUGUGCUGCUCUCAAGGCCACAAGCAGGAAGAGUGCUUGAGCAGGCAUAUCCCUCUAACUAUGAUCAAAGACAUGAUGGAGACUUCAGAACACAUUCAGAAAUCUCUACCUAGGGACGACGAACCUUUCCAGCGAAUUUUAGGAAAGCUAUCAAAAAGGUGCUCCAGGAAACUAAAUGUUGCUGACUUCAAACGCAUCCUAGAAAUCUAUGAUGAACACGUCUUCCAGAAGCUGUGGAAGAACAACACUCAUCAACAUCUAAAAAUGUUUACGGAUUCCUUCGCAAGGCUUAAGGACAUGGUGGAGAUCUGUGAGACUAAAGGCAAACAAACUCUGUCACUCUGCGCAAGAGAGAAUCUUAAAACAAUCGAGGACACGUUUAAGACGCUGCAGCCAAAGGGUCUCUUCAAAGCACAGAGCGAAUUUCGCAACGUUUUAUCCUGGAUCAGUAGCGCCAUGGAUAAAAGGAGAACGCAUGAGAUUCACUAG